AUGGGCAUUGAUUUCAUGGGACCUUUCCCAAACUCCUUUGGCUUUCUCUAUAUCCUCGUUGAUGUGGACUACGUGUCCAAAUGGGUGGAGGCUAUUGCAUGCAAGACCAAUGGCCAUAGAGUUCUGCUGAUGAAGAAGUAUUUCAUCACGCAUAAGGUUGCCACCCCUUAUCAUCCACAGACGAGUGGACAAGUGGAGAUUUCAAAUUGCGAGAUUAAGAGAAUUUUGGAUAAAACUGUCUAUCCUACAAGAAAGGAUUGGUCUCUGCGAUUGAACGAUGCACUGUGGGCUUACCAUACAACAUUCAAGACCCCGAUUGGCAUAUCUCCAUAUCGUCUUGUGUACGGCAAAGCAUGUCACUUUCCUGGGGAGUUGGAGAAUAGAGCAUAUUGGGCCAUCAAGCAGCUGAACUUCAAUCUUACAAAGGCUGGCUCAGAAAGGAAGCUCCAACUCAAUGCGCUAGAGGAGUUGAGGAAUGAUGCAUAUGACCGUGCAAGGUCGUACAAGGCACAGAUGAAGAAAGCUCAUCACCAGAGCAUUUUGAAACUAUCUUUCGAGCCUGGUCAGAAAGAUCUGAAGAAUGGUAGCACUUUCAAGGUGAAUGGACAAAGGCUGAAACCAUUCUUGGAAUUGAAGAGUCCGGAAAUUGAGACGACAUUGUUGGAGGAUCCUAGGUCAAAUGUCUACUAUUCAAGUUUGGAGGAGCAUUCUCCUAUGUUACACCCGCCUUAA